UGGUCCUUUACAAUAUUUGAAGAACAAUGGAAACAUUGGCAACAUCAGCUUCUUUUCAAAUCAAGGUAGGAUCAUGCGGGAAGACGCCUAGAGAAAGCUUCCUGGAUGAUUCUGAAGGCAUUUCAUGUGCAUCAUCGUCAAAAGACAGUUAUUUACUGCAGUCUACGGAAACAAGAAAGAAAUUUUCCAACACGGAUGAUAACAAACCCUCCGGGGGUCUUCGRCUUUAUGGAAGACUUGUCCUUGAAAAGUUGAAGCAGAAAGAUACGACGAACUUUGACGAGGUUGUUACUGAGAUUCACAAAGAUCUGAUAGAGGGGUCUGGACUGAACGAAUGUACCGAUCUUAAGAAUAUCAGGCGAAGAGUUUAUGAUGUUUUAAACGUGUUGUGUGCAUUGGGAAUAGUGUCAAAAAACGAAAAAGACAUAAGAUUGAUCAAAGAUCACGCCGAGGAUCUGCCAGAACGUUUGGAACUUGAGAAAGAAAGAAAACUUGCAGAAGAAUCCAUYGAACAAAAGAAAGCACAACUCAAAGAGCUGCUAUUGCAGACGAUUYCAUACAAAUCAUUGCUUUGCCUGAAGAGGAACGCUCGAAAGCAAAAACUAAACGAAAGACAAAAGAUUGACCUWCCCUUCAUAAURGUCAAGAAUCCCAAAAACACUGCAGUGAAUUGUGAAGUAUCAGAAGACAGAUUACAACAUCUCUUUACCUUCGAACACCCAUUUGAAAUCCUAGACGACUUACAAGUUAUCCAGCGAAUGGGACUAGCGUUUGGUUUAGAAGCCAAGACCUCGACCGUCGACCAGCUACGAGAGUUCGAAYAGAUGGUUUCCAAAGAGCUUGAUCAAGAGUGCCAUUGCGAUUCAAAUAAAGCAGAAAGUUCAGUUUUAUCCAAAUGUCAAAAUUUGGUUGUCAAUGACUCAAAUCUUCCCGUCCAUUGCAAUAAGUGUCUAGUCUCCUCGCGGACGGAAGAACGGCAUUAAUUUAUUUUACAUUAUAUAAAACUUAUAUAUCACUUUUGAAGGAAGGUUACAAGAAAACUAUUUUAUCAUUUCUACUCGUUUGUCAACACUAAAGACUAUACAUUAACUGUAAGCUUUCUUAAGCUCUUUUGGUUACUCGAUGAGUUGCCUUAUUUUAUAAAAGUUUUAUAUAAAUU